CUUCCUGUGACGGCACGGACUACGUGAGCGCCGCUCUGUGCCAGACGCUGGAGAGCUAGACAGUGAGGGAAGGAGCCAAGGAGGAAACCCUGAGGAGUGAGUGACUGCUUCUAAACAACGGGGAUCAUAUCGGACAUAUUGCUCAUCUUAGCUGUGGCUACGAAGUCAGAACGGCGAGACAUACGGGUUGGCUGAUGACCGGUGAGAUAACCAGCUCGUCUUAGGCUCGCUCAUCGAAGUUUGGGCUGUAGAAGUUCACAGCGACUCGGCCAUUACCGCUGUCACCGGGACGCUCUUCUUCCGUUGCCACAGCCCGAAGCCACAGAGGCAGAAAACAUGGUGUCCUGGAUCAUUUCGAGAAGCGUUGUACUGCUGUUCGGGACCCUGUAUCCUGCAUAUUACUCUUACAAAGCUGUCAAGACCAAAAAUGUCAAGGAAUAUGUGCGAUGGAUGAUGUACUGGAUUGUUUUUGCCCUCUACACUGUGGUGGAGACUAUCACUGACCAAACAGUAGCAUGGUUUCCUCUGUACUAUGAGCUGAAGAUAGCCUUUGUGGUAUGGCUACUGUCCCCCUACACCAGAGGAGCCAGUCUCAUUUACAGAAAGUGUCUGCACCCACUGCUGUCCUCCAGAGAGAGGGAAAUAGAUGAGUACAUUGUACAGGCCAAAGAGAGAAGCUAUGAAACCAUGGUGAACUUUGGCAAGCAGGGACUGAGCAUCGCAGCCACCGCCGCCGUCAGUGCAGCUGUCAAGGGUCAGGGAGCCAUCACAGAGAAGCUGCGUAGCUUGAGUAUGCAUGACCUCACACAGAUAAGCCAGCAGGACGACAGAGGAAACCAGCUGUACCAGUACAGCUCCCACUCUGCCAACCCCGCCAUCAGGAGAUCUCAGAGCACCGAUGCUGCCGAGGGACCAGAAUACUUUUAUGACCAGGAGGAGAGGUCGGAUGAGGAGACUGAGCCAACCUUCUCUGAAGAUGAGGCUCUUACUCAGAAAGGCCUGAGACGAUCGCAGAGUGUCAAGAUCACACGUUCCAGAGUUCGUAAAGAUGCUCGUUAUGGAUCCCUGAGGAUUAAAGGCAAGAAGAGACCAGCACUGAGCUCUGUUAAUUAUGGGACGUAAAACGACUACUGCUGAGACAGACAGCAGACAGCAGACUGCCUGCCUGCUGGUUGGUGGAUGGUGUUGUCAGUCUGUAUUCCAGCUCUUCUCGGUCUGAACUCCUUCGUCUCUCCGAUCGUGAGCUUUGUGCUGACAUAUUUAUCCCCUAACUCAUCUUAAACCAGAGACCCUCAGAGAACUUUGUCUUUGGGAUGAUUACAUACAUGCAUACAUUGCAUGGAGGUUUUGUUUGUUUUAUCCGUUUUUCUUUACUGUUGUAGUGUUUUGGUGUGAUGUUAUAUAUCUGUGGUCUUCAGAUUUUAGAUUCAUCUGUAAGUCAUUUUUUUAUUUGUGGUACCACUUUCUAAUAAGACAUCCUCUAUGUGCAGUUGAUGUAAAACUAAUGCUUCAUUAAUUGCACAGGUAUGAGCUACUAAUAUAAGCAAGGUUUUGGGUUGCCAGGUUUGACUGUGGUUUGUGAACUUGGUGUGUGUGUGUGUGUGUGUGUGUGUGUGUGUGUGUGUGUGUGUGUGUCUGUCUCCAAGUAGACUGUCCUCUCGUCUUCUGGAUCAGAUAUUUUAAUUAUAAUAAACAAAAGUUUUAAGAUAAUAACCACAGACCCUGUGGCUUCAUAGAAGUCGGAGCCAGGACCCUUUUAAUGGUGAUGUGGUGAACAUAUUAGCGACGUUAGCAUUUAUCCCUAGUUUGUUUUCAUUUCUUUCGGAAAUGCCAACUUUGGCAUCUGUUAUCAGAACCAGCUGUGAAACACCACUGUUCUCUACCCGGUGAGGAAAGUGAAUAAUAAAUAUUGCAGUUCAUUACCUUUUAAAGGCUAAAACAAUCAUUACAACAAUCCAAAGAUAUUUUUUACAACCUGGCAACCCAAAAGUUUUUAUUUCUGGCUUAUAAAUGUUCAACAAAGCAUUAUUAAAUUAUCCAUUAGGUAAAGUGAAGCCUUUUACCUUUUGAAAACAUGGCAUCCGUUUUGCCUCUGCUGCCUUUCAGGUAUUCAAUGAGGAACUUGUUUUAAGGACACUGACACUUUGUUCAGUUUGAGUCAGUUAACUGCUCUGUGGCUUAGUAUACUAAUGAAUGCUUUUUUGGGUGGACUCAAUCAGGCUCAGACACUUGCAUCAUUCCCUGACACAGUGGUAACAGUAUGAGAGCCCAUGUCUCAGAGGGACACCAUCUGGUCUGAACUCUUGGACUUUAGGAGAAGAGGGAUUGAACCUGUCUGAGAGAAACACACUUGAAUGAAACUAAUGAACACCAGCCGAUCCUUAUUGCCGUCGGAGGAAGACCCUGAACACCGACGAAGAGGAGUAAUGGGAAGAGAAAACCACGUUGAUAAACACAGGGAUGAACUCUAACUCCUUUUUAAUGCUGAUUUCUUAUUUUCCUGCUUUUUACGCAUUUAUUUUUAUAUGAUCACAUCCCUGGUUGUAAAUUUCAACCUGUAACAGAGAAGAUUAGCUUUUUGAAAGUUGUUGUUGUGUUGUAACCAACUGUUUUGCACAUAUACCUCCUCCCAAAUAAUUUUUAUCAUUGCUGUUGUUGCUUGUCAUCUCAUUUUAUAAUGCACUUUGCUGUGUGAGGAUGCAGCACAGAGUGAGCUUAAAAUUCUUGAUGAUGGACACUAAAACUUGCAGAGUGUUGUAUUGUAAAGUGUGACUUGUUUUUGUUCUCUUGUACUGAAGUUAGAGAUACCCUCCUGACAGACUGCAGAAGGUUCCUUUAACAGUGACUGUGGUGUAGAGUCAGUUUCGACUGUUUCUCUGGCAGAAACAUUGUCCCUCUAAUCAGUCGUUGUGCUUCUGACUCAGCACUAUGAAUGAUUUGUGUGUGUUCUUGGAAACUAGGGAGCUGAUACCGCUGGGUGACAAAUUAAAGGAGAAACAUGAAUCCAGUGGUGACAGUGAGUGUCUGGCUAGUCGAAGGAGGAGGCCUGGAUUUUGUCCUCAUCACUUGCAUUGAAAUCACCGUAGGAAGGGAUUUCCUCAUGGCCAGUUUUUAAAAGAAGAAGUUAUCAGCCCAUUCUCAACACUUUUUCAGCAGGGCUUUGACGCUUUAUCUAAUAUUCAGAUCUUGUGAGAGUUAAAUUAUGAAUGUUUGUGCAAAUUCAAGCAAGCACGGUGGAUCAUUUAAUAUAGUUUGUGAGAAGCAGUGUGGAGGACUUUUAGAUUCUGGACUCUUGAUGGCAUAAUGGCCAAAACUGCUAAGGCUGUUUUUUUACUGUUAAAUCUGUAGAGUCGCCUGCUGCUGCCGCUCAGAUGCAGCAGAACAGAAACACUUGUGCAAAGGGCUCAUAUAAAGGCCAUUUACCAAUUGAUGAUCACAUUGUUUUUAAAAUGUUGGUUGGAGUUUCCAACUUAAACUUUUUUUUUAAAGUGAAAGCCCUAGAUUUACGAUGGAUGAAAACCUAGUCUCAAGCACAUAUGACAUGUCAUGCAUCAGUAUAGCUGCGUGUGUGUGGAUCUCUGUGAAGACAUGAACAGAGCAUGUGUCUGUUCUCCCCUCCAGUAGAAUUCAACACACUUGGAACCAUCUCUGACAAGAAGCACUGGAGCGUUGUGGUGGGACAGCACCUUUCCCAAGCUGUUUUUACACCUGCAUGUCUGUGUGACUGCUGCAAUCCAUAGGACAGACAACUGUCCAGAACGUCCAAACCAUGUGUGCCCACUGGUGUGCGCCUGCCCAGACUUCCAGUGGAGUAUAUCAGGGUCUUCAGCUGCUGUUAGAUUUUCCUCUUGUCAUUCAUCUGUAUUUCUGAGGAAGCCUGAGAACAUCUCCUUCCUAUGAGUGACUGUUUAAUCCCCUGACAAAUCGACUGUCUCCUACAUGUGACCUUGUAAGUGAUGUUAUAUAUUUACCAUAAGUCUUAUCCAGCUUUAUGGAAACCAAAGCUCUGUUUGUCUUUAUCUGGGUUCAACAACAAGCCAAACUUGCUCAUGUCCUAAUGUCCAAUUCUAACAACUGACUAAUGAUACCAAAGCUUCAUGUAGUCACCCUGAGCUGUUGGGCUGGGCUGUUUGAUCGGUGGAGGUUAAACAUCUGGUGUGUGUGGCUUGCUGGAUUGUUAUUGCAAUAAAAUAAACGCUGCCCCAUCACAGUGAGGGCAACAAAUAAA